CUGAACAUCUGAACUACCCCACAAAGGAAAAUGAAUAUCCGUCUAAAUUGAAUAGGUACAGAAUAGAAAGAGAGAGUACACAAAUUUACGAAUACGGGAAUGAGUGCGACUAAGAAUGCAAUAUUAUUUAACCUGAUUAAAGAGUACCACAUCAUUAAGCUGUAUUCUAAAUCGUAUUGAAUGGCGUUUCGAAAUGCCUCUCGUGAUAGGUAGGUAAUUUAAAAACUUGAUGUACGGUAGUUAAACUUUGUAAUGUGUGCUAUUGUGAAUAAGCCAAAAUGAGCAGAAGGAAGGAUGUUCAUAUACCGAAAGUGUGGGAAGCUGAAGAGAUAUCCGACGACGAUGACGAGGAUAUCGAGCAAAUGCAGAAAGCGGUGGAGGAUAUUUUGAGUAAGAUAACUAAGAAAAAGAAAACUACUCAAGUGAGUCAAAAGACACCUGUACAAUUUGAUAUCAAAAUUGAAGUUGAAGAGUUUGAUGAGCAACCGAGUACAUCCAGGCAGAGCCACAAAAAGAAACCAAAGGGAUCAAACUCGCAAAACCAUGGAACAACAAAUACAACGAAACAGAAUAACCAGAAUAUAAACAAGAUUCAAACAACUGAAAAACAACCUCAACAAUCACUUUUGAUCCAGAAAUCUUCAGGAAGUCAGAACCCUCAACUCCCAAAUAGUAAAGAUAAACUUUGCCAAAAAUCUAUAUCACCAAGUCCUCAACCGAAUACAUAUAGAAACAAAAAUAAUCCAACUAAUUCACAAUCUACUGAACAGAACAAAUCAACUAAUCAACAUUUUGUUCUUGAGACUCAUAAUAUUAAGUCAACAAUGCAAAUCCUCUCCAAGUUUGGAAAUGUUGCCGAUAAUUACAUAUACAUCUUGAUGAAAAAUUAUGAGAACAUACCAACAGUGCCAGACAGUAGCCACAUACAGAUGGCUCUUCAAAAGGUUCUUGAGGUAUGGAAUACCUGGUUUCUGAAGGAUCCUAUAAACCGAGGGGCCCCCCUGCUUUAUAAGUGUAAAGAUUGCGGCUGGGCCUGGUGGCAUCUGAAUUCUUUUUUAGAACACAUCAGAAAUGUACACGAGCGAGAAAAGUGGAAGCUGAGAUUCGAGUUUGAAGCGACCAAUGGGGAGUCCUACGUAGCCUUGAAAAUAUCAAAUAAAUUGGAUAAAUCUCUGCCAGCGGUCAGAAUAGUAAAUGCCCCAUGCUGGAGGUGUGGCAUGCUGCCCGGAGACAAAUAUCAGAACUUCAACACGACCAGCCUGACAUACCACUGCAAGUGUGGACUCCAAUUCGCCAUGUGCCACGAUUAUCGGCUCCACCUGGAUGUGUGCCCCACAACAACGCCCAUGGUCAAGAAGCUAGUAAACUACAAGUGCUACUUGUGCUUCCUGAGGUUCGACACACCCGAGGAACUGCAGCGGCACAGGCUGCUGUCCCACACCGUGCGGUCAGACCUGCCCGCGUCCUGGACGCCGAUCAAGAAGUGCAUUUACUGCUGCAUGGCGCACUUCGACGGCAUAAGUGACUGUCCCGCCAUGAAGAGAAUGGUGCCCUGCGGAUUUUGUACGAAGACGUUCAGCACGACAACGGUGAUGAAUCUGCAUCAAAGCUUCUCCCAGGAGAACUACAAGUGUAGGCUAUGCGAUGAAAUCCUGAAGAGGGAGUGUAUGGAGAUGCUGCACUUGGUGAAGCACACCAACAAUUAUGUAGUGCUACUUAAGUGUAUGAUUUGCAAUAGCAGUAAUACAUUCUUUGAUAAUGAUACGACAUACAAUAUACAUCUCCUGAGUAAACACCCUUCUAGUGACCAACCCGCCAUGAAGGUUCCAGUGCCACUGAAAUGCCUUCAAGAUUCGGGGUACAAUGUGAAAACUCUCGAGACGGAUAAAGUGGUUGUGCCACCACCAAUGUCCCACACCUAUUAUACGCCAGUGACAAUACAAGGUAAUAAAUCUGAAUUUAAAAGAAAGGCCGGUCAGAAACAAUCUCCGCGUAAGAGAGUACGACAAACAAAAAAUAGCAGUCCUGAAAAUAAAGUUAAUACUAUGGAGGUCUCAAAAAUAAAAGUUGAAGAAGAUAUUGAGGAUUUUAUUAAUACUGAAAUGGAAAUAAAUGAAAUGAUUUUGUUGAAUAAUAAAGACAGUGAAGCGCUUAAAAUAAGGUCAGAAGAUUUUGAAGAAGGUCUAUCAGAAGGAAAUAAAUUAAAUGAUCCAAAUAAUGAGAGUAAUUCAAAUAUAAAUUCCAAUAAAAAUAACCCAAAUACUGUAAAUGGUUUAAAAGAUAAUAGUUUCCAGCCGUUUGAUAAUGAAAUUAAUAAAAUCGAAGGCUGUGAUAAAGUAUUUGAAAUAAAAAAAGAAAAUACUGAAGAUGAUGUUUUGAAAAAGGGAGAAGAAUUUACUAUUGCAGGCACUCAAAAUGGCUUAGAAAUAAAUUCAAAUAAAAAUAAGCCAACCGCAUGUAACAGCAGUAAAAAAGAAAAUUGUGAUAUUAGUAAAAUAAGUCUUACAAAUAAUGAUGAUAAAGUGAUAAAAAAUAAUAAUGAUAAACUAAAUGCAACUGCUAAUUGUAUUAAACCUGUUAAUGAAAAUAUUAUUUUAGAAAUGAGAAAUGAAGUAGUUAAAAGUAACGGAAUGCUAGAUUUUGAAUUACAAAUUCAAAAAACCAUAAUACAUUCAAACGCAGCAUGCAAUGACCCUAACCAUGUGAUAACUAAUGUCAUCGUCAAACACAAAACAGAUGAUAACUACAAAACAAAAGAAAAUAAUACAUUAAGUAAACCAAUACACACUCAUAAACCUCGCAAAGAAAAUGUUGUGAAUUCUAAUACCGAAGAAAAGGAGUUACAAAAUUCAAAUGUUGAAAAACGAUCAGACAACAAAGAGGAUAGUGUCCCACAAAGUAAGUGUGUAGUAAACCAAAAAGAAUUAAACGUUAAUACCAAUAAAAACACUCAAGAGGGUGAAAAGAACAAAAACAUCACUACAAAAAAGGUUUUUGAUAAACAAGGCAUUAACAGCAGCAACAAUAAUGAUUCGCAUAAGAGAGACAUCCCUAUCGAAACUAGUAUCAAUCACAAUGUACCUGAUAAAGAAACACUCGACAGCAAACUAGUCGAUAACCCUGGACCAAGUAAAACGAUAAAAGUAGAGCAAGAUAGUUUAAUAGGGAAUAGUAACGUUAAAAUAAAAGAAGAAGUAUUAGACGAUGACACGGAUGAUGAAAAACUAGUUAUAGCAGAAUUCACCGACCUAAUCACCGAUAAAUCUGUUACAUUAGAAGUGAAAGCGGAGCCGCAAGAGAUUUUUGAAAACGACAUGAUCAAUUGGGGGAGGAAUGAUACUGACAACGAGAAUGUCGAUGUAGACAAUGAUCGAGAGAAUUCUGGUGAAUACAUAACCUGGACUCCUCAUCUAGGCGCUGUCAGGGGGGGUGUGAAUAUGGAAGAAGAAAGCGACGAUGAAGAUUUGCCCCUUAUGAAUAUUAAGAAGAAGAAAAAGAAGAUGUAUUCUUGCAAGCGGUGUAAAUUCAAUGGGCACCACGUGGAAUACCAGGAACACAGAAAAAUGUGUGUCCGACAAAAGAAAUACAGGAAGAGGUUUUACCCGGAGAAUUGUGACAAAUACGAGUGUACGAUAUGCGAAAAACAGUUCGGAGCCCUAAUCAAAUACUUAAAGCAUCUCACCACGCACGGAUACCAGUGGCUACAGUGUCCAGAGUGCAUGGACAACUUUCUCACCAGGGCCAGACUAUCGCAACACGUCUUACACCACAUCAACAAGAACUACGUGCCGCUCCGGGGCAUCACGUCAGCGAAAGACUAUGGGUUUAAGAUGCAGUGCACCCAGUGUGACGACGAGGUGCAGCCGCACAAUUUCUUCAGUCACUGGGAGCGGCACCUGGCGUCGGCGCGGAGGCUGCAGAGGAAGCCCCCGCUCGCCAUAGAGGAUUGUGCACCACAUUCGCCCAUGCUGAGGGAUCUCAUAGCGAUACUUCUAGACCGCUACACCGUCAGAGACGACGACGAGCACAAGCCGCUGCGGUGGUGCAAGAUGUGCGAGCGGCCGUUCACGCGGGACAACGAGUGUAAGCGGCACUACGUCGAGCACCUGCUCGACGACGCCUUCUCGCACAUGACUGAUACCCAGGGGUUGAGGUGUCAGAUCUGCGGGGAGAUGUGGGAGAAGUGUAGCGAUUUCCGCCUCCACAUACGCGCGCACGCGUCGAUGCCGGUGUACCGGUGCGAGCUGUGCAGCAAGACCUUCAGCGACUCCAGCAACUUCGCCAAGCACCGCAAGGUGCACAACCUGUGCGCCUUCACCUGUGACAAGUGCGGGAAGAAGUUCAAUAGGAAGAUAUCGCUCAUCGAACAUAUCAAGUUCCAUGAGAAAACGCAGCCGAUAAGUUGCGAGUUCGAGGGGUGCUCCAAAGUGUCGCACACGCAGAGCGCUUACACCAAGCAUUUGAAGCUCGUGCACUACCGCUCCAAGUACCGCUGCCAGAUAUGCAAGAAGACACUCGGCAGCAACAAGGAGAUGUGGGACCAUAAGUGGCAGGAACACAGGUUGCGGAAAGUGAUAGCGGACUGUCCAAUAUGCCAUAUGCAGUUCCGGAAGUACUUGGACGUGAAGGCGCACGUUCGGAGCGUGCACGCCGAUUGCUUACCCGACCUCAAGAAGCUCAACAAACUCUCGCCCGAGGAGAAGAUCGGCAACGUCGCACGUCUCGUACACGAUGUCAUACUAGACCCCGAGCGGCUCAACAAACUCUCGCCCGAGGAGAAGAUGGGCAACGUCGCACAACUCGUACACGAUGUCAUACUAGACCCCGAGCCAGAAGAGAACAUUAUGAAGAUAGAGAUAGAAGAUAUUUAAGGUAGGCUGAAAGUUUGACCAAUCUCGAUCUUAAGCGAUUUGUUUCUCGCUCCCGGAGAAGAGCGACAACGACGCACUGCGCACAUCUCGUAUAAGAUGUUUGGAACAUGAGAACGACGAAGAUAUUAUAAAUAAAGAUAGAAAUAGAAUAAAGAUAUAAAGAUAGAAAUAGAAGAUGUCUAAGGUAGGCUGACUGCCCAAUCUCGCGCUUUGUUUCUCUCUCUCGGAGAAGAGCGGCAACGUCGCAUAUCUCAUACAAGAUAUCUGGAACAUGAGAAGAUAUUAAAAAGAUAAAUAAAAAAAUGGUUAGUACAGGGUAGCCAGGUCGCCAAACUCUCGCUCUCGGAGAAGAGCGGCAACGUCGCGCACCUCGGGUCGUCAAGAUAUAGUGGUCCUACUAGAUCCCGAGAUGGACUUGACGCGCUCUAGGCAGUAUGUACAUUAACAGUUAAACAAUGUCCUCUGCAGUCGGGUAAAAAAACCUAAUUGCGUUUUAAUCGGGAAUCUGAGGACUCUCGGGACCUAGGGUUUUCAGCCAUAUAGCAUGCUCGGAAUUUGGGGUUUGUUCUUUUCUCGACUGUUGAUUCCUAUGGAAUAUUUAAUAACGGGCAGACCAUCGUGCAUCGAUAGUAGGUAUUUACCUUGUUUUACAAUUUAGUUAUUGUGUAUAUUAUGAUUUUAUGCACUUUUUGCGCCAAUAUUGUUAAGACUAAGACUGGACUUGUAUGAUUUUGAAGAAUGGUUAUGUUGCUAUUUCAAAUAGGCUAUUUAUAUAAAAUUAGUAUUAUGUAGGCAUGUUUGCUUUUGUAUUUCUUGUCAUAAUCAAUUUGUUAUGUAUAUUGUGUAUGUUGAUGAAUUUGUAUUGUUUACUUGAAAUGAAAUGUCUCAGAUUGUAUAUUUUUUAAUGUGCAUCUC